AUGUGCUACAAUGGCCAGUGGACGUACUCGGAGUGGGAUACCAUGAGCUCAGAUCCGCAGGCAGUGUUCUUGUUGGUGAUCAUGAUCCUCUUUUUCGUGUCCAUAACUAGGCCUCUAUUCGUGCGGAAGGGAGCGUGGAAGAAGGGCUACCUGUUCAAGUUGCUGAGAAAGAACAAGAAGACGAAGAAGCUGGGCAAGUGGUUGGACAAUCAGACAGAGAUGGCCCUGAACAAACUCUUCCGCCGCCCCGACCGAGAGGACACUCGGCGAAGGAGAAGUGGGAGCAUCCAACUCUCGCAAAAGGACGUCGUGCCUCGACCCGCCCUGGCAGACGACCCUUCCUUCUCCAGGCCGGACAUGACGGAGAGCUCCGCAGAAGACGUAACUGAUGCGGUGACGGAGAGGAGCAGCGAAGAGGAUGACAACGGAACGGAGAUGGUGGACAUGGCCGACGCGGCAAGCGUGGAGAAGAACGAAGCGACAGCUGAGCAAGAGAAGGUCGUGGGAGGUGGCAAAGCCCAGCAGGAGCGCAAACCACGACAGAACAGGGGACCAGGCAAGGUGAUACCCACGCUCACACGAACGCGCGAGUUCGGCUUCCGCACCACCAAAACGGAAUGGGAGGAGAAAGAAAGGGGUGCCCCCGCCUGA